AUGCUGGAGGAUGAUUAUUUGUCGAGUGUUAAUCUUGUCGUUAAACAUUUAGUAAUUGUAUCCUUUAUUGAUGUGCAAAUACGGACCUCGUGGGCCCUGUCAGGAGCCGUGGGCCCUGUCAGGAGUCGUGGGCCCUGUCAGGAGUCGUGGGCCCUGUCAGAAGUCGUGGGCCCUGUCAGGAGUCGUGGGCCCUGUCAGGAGUCGUGGGCCCUGUCAGGAGUCGUGGGCCCUGUCAGGAGUCGUGGGCCCUGUCAGGAGUCGUGGGCCCUGUCAGGAGUCGUGGGCCCUGUCAGGAGUCGUGGGUCCUGUCAGGAGUCGUGGACCCUGUCAGGAGUCGUGGGCCCUGUCAGGAGUCGUGGGACCUGUCAGGAGUCGUGGACCUGUCAGGAGUCGUGGACCUGUCAGGAGUCGUGGACCUGUCAGGAGUCGUGGACCUGUCAGGAGUCGUGGGCCCUGUCAGGAGUCGUGGGCCCUGUCAGGAGUCGUGGGCCCUGUCAGGAGUCGUGGGCCCUGUCAGGAGUCGUGGGCCCUGUCAGGAGUCGUGGGCCCUGUCAGGAGUCGUGGGCCCUGUCAGGAGUCGUGGGCCCUGUCAGGAGUCGUGGGCCCUGUCAGGAGUCGUGGACCCUGUCAGGAGUCGUGGACCCUGUCAGGAGUCGUGGACCCUGUCAGGAGUCGUGGACCCUGUCAGGAGUCGUGGACCCUGUCAGGAGUCGUGGACCCUGUCAGGAGUCGUGGACCCUGUCAGGAGUCGUGGACCCUGUCAGGAGUCGUGGACCCUGUCAGGAGUCGUGGACCCUGUCAGGAGUCGUGGACCCUGUCAGGAGUCGUGGACCCUGUCAGGAGUCGUGGACCCUGUCAGGAGUCGUGGACCCUGUCAGGAGUCGUGGACCCUGUCAGGAGUCGUGGACCCUGUCAGGAGUCGUGGACCCUGUCAGGAGUCGUGGGCCCUGUCAGGAGUCGUGGGCCCUGUCAGGAGUCGUGGGCCCUGUCAGGAGUCGUGGGCCCUGUCAGGAGUCGUGGGCCCUGUCAGGAGUCGUGGGCCCUGUCAGGAGUCGUGGGCCCUGUCAGGAGUCGUGGGCCCUGUCAGGAGUCGUGGGCCCUGUCAGGAGUCGUGGGCCCUGUCAGGAGUCGUGGGCCCUGUCAGGAGUCGUGGGCCCUGUCAGGAGUCGUGGGCCCUGUCAGGAGUCGUGGGCCCUGUCAGGAGUCGUGGGCCCUGUCAGGAGUCGUGGGCCCUGUCAGGAGUCGUGGGCCCUGUCAGGAGUCGUGGGCCCUGUCAGGAGUCGUGGGCCCUGUCAGGAGUCGUGGGCCCUGUCAGGAGUCGUGGGCCCUGUCAGGAGUCGUGGGCCCUGUCAGGAGUCGUGGGCCCUGUCAGGAGUCGUGGGCCCUGUCAGGAGUCGUGGGCCCUGUCAGGAGUCGUGGGCCCUGUCAGGAGUCGUGGGCCCUGUCAGGAGUCGUGGGCCCUGUCAGGAGUCGUGGACCUGUCAGGACGCCUACCAUCACACAAAUCCGAGUGUUCUGUUCUACAAUUUGCUUGUCUCUGUGAUCACGAUUUUUGAACUGAGAACCGAGUGGCAACUGCCCAUAGUUCACCCUGAGCUAUGGACAGUUGGACGUAUCCUGCUGUCACAAAAUUUAAUAGACAAUAGACGUCUUUUGUUGACGUCUAUUGUAGAAUGUGUCAGCUUAACGUCUAUUGUAGAACAAUUGUUUGUGUCAACCAGCCACAGCGACAUGUGUGGGGGAAAUGGCGAGAGAUAA